UCUUGUAACUACGCAUAAUUUUUUAAUCGUGGGGACUGUGUACACGUUGUCCCUGUUUUUCUUUUUACAUCAUAUUACUGGGAAAUGGCGUAUUGACAUUGCUGUAUGCAGUCCGGAGCCAUAUAACGAACUGAACUGAAACUUUUUGUAGUAUAAUUUAAACGUUGACGAGGUUAGGUGGUUACAGUGUAUAUACACAAUUUAAAUCUAUUAUAAUGGGAAAUAUAAAGGUUGAAGAUAGCGAUACGGAGGAAAUAUCCGAUAAUAAAAAUAUCAAUAACGAUGAUUCUGAGGCAAAUGUUAAAUUUAACGAUGAUUCAGAAUACUGCAGCGAUGCAACAUACUUAGCAAAGCAAAUGAUAUCAAAGGAGAAACUGUCUCCUGUGGAUGCAGCGAAAUUAUUCAAUUUAUCUGUGCAACUGGAACACACAGUGCCACUGCAGCAUAUGCUUGAAACACGUGCAGGAUCUCAUAUGCCAACGAGAGAGAUAAUAAAACAGUUUGAACAAAUAGUGCCGCUCAAGAAAGGUGUAUAUUCUGUUGAGGAAGACGAAAUUAUUGUUCGUAAUUGGAAAAAAUUUUGUAUGUUACAUAAUUGGGAUGAAACAAAUCGUAAACCAUUUUUGCAAAUGAGGAUAGGUAACAAAAUAACAAAUAUACGUCAUAUCUCUGAAAGACGAAAGUUUGUACAAUUUUUGGCUAAUGAUCUACCAAAUAGAACCUUAUACAGUGUUUACCACAGAUUUAGAAAUUUGUAUGAAGGCCAUGUACAAGCAAGGUAUAAACCUGAAGAGGAUCAAUUGAUAAUAGAUCACUUAGAAAAUAAUCCAUCUCUUGAUGAAAGGAGCAAGUAUACUGAUUUAGCCAAAGUGCUUCGAAGGACGAGAAAUUCAAUCUGGCGACGUUAUCGUAUUUUAAAGAAACAGAACAAAAAACGUAAAAAUGCCUAAUAUCUUUUAUUUUUACAACAGA